AUGCGGGGCAAGGACGAUGAGUACGAUUAUCUCUUCAAAGUUGUACUCAUCGGGGACUCAGGGGUGGGGAAGAGCAACCUGCUGUCACGCUUCACCCGCAAUGAGUUCAACCUGGAGAGCAAGAGCACCAUCGGGGUGGAGUUUGCCACCAGGAGCAUCCAGGUGGACAACAAGACGGUGAAGGCUCAGAUCUGGGACACGGCCGGGCAGGAGCGCUACCGGGCCAUCACCUCAGCGUACUACAGGGGGGCAGUGGGAGCUCUGCUCGUCUAUGACAUUGCCAAGUACCUGACGUAUGAGAACGCAGAGCGCUGGCUGAAGGAGCUGCAGGACCACGCCGACGCCAACAUUGUCAUCAUGCUGGUGGGCAACAAGAGUGACCUGCGGCACCUGCGGGCUGUGCCCACCGACGAGGCCAGGAGCUUUGCAGAGAAGAAUGGGUUAUCCUUCCUUGAGACGUCUGCUCUGGAUUCCACCAAUGUGGAGACAGCUUUCCACAACAUCCUCUCGGAGAUCUACCGCAUCGUGUCGCAGAGGCAGAUGGCUGGCCAGCCCGAGUCCGAGUUUGGCCCCUCCACCACCAUCGAGCCCAUCCGGGUGCUGCCCACGCAGCAGGAGGGCCGGCAGGCGCCCUGCUGCCAGAACAUCUGAGCCCCUGGGGUGCCCCCACCGUCACCCCCCAGCACCCAGCACAUGGUGGCAUCGUGUCUCACCCUCUACCUCUGCCCACCACAGCUCCCUGAGCAGUGCAGGCUGGCGGCUGUUUCUGUGUGCGCCAUCAUCCUGCCCGUUCUGCUCCGUGUGUUUAUGUAGGACCGAGAAAAUCAGAGGGGGAGGCAAAUGAUCAGGGUGUCUCCCCUCUCUUCCCCAAGGUUGGGAGCAUGCCAUUCCGUGUCCCUGCUCCCUUUAGCCCUGCAGGCACAGUCACUGGGUGGCUGGGUGGCACUGAACAAGCCCAAACACGGUGAGUCCCUGU